AUGACGGCACCACAGGCGGCACCCCCGUCGCAUUUGACGACUGCAUCUCCUCCGCAGUCAGCAUCCGCUCAACAAACAACUCCAGUUCCCGACCUAAGCGCCAAAAUUCCCAAGCUCGUCCCCCGCAAACGCACCCCAGGCUCCUCCGCACUCUCUCGACGCCGCGGCGCUCCCGAAGCUGAGGAUGGCAGCUCGCCAGCUCCUCCCACGCCCGCUCUGCCCUCUCCUCCAGAUCUCACGGGUCACGACUUCGUGAAGCCCAGCCGGAGGAUACUUGGGCCAGAAGACCACGAGCGGUUCCUCAACAGCGAUACGUGCAAGCUGGUGCAAGCAUGGAUAUUCGGGAUCUCUGACUCCGUCCGCGACCGCUCCGUGAGCAGCGUGCCAGACUCAGACCUCACGCUCACGAUCCGCAAGAUCCUCCGCAUACUCGACGAGGCGGAGAAGGUGCUGGAGCGGUGUCCGCCCGAGGACACGGGCAGCCGGUUCGGAAACCCAGUGUUCAAGACGUUCCUCGACGAGGUGGCGAAGCAGCUGCCAGAAUGGCACGCGCAGCUCGGCCUCACGGACGUCUCGCUCAUCGAAGAAGUCUCGACGUACCUCCACAACUCGUUCGGCAACCGGUCGCGAAUCGACUACGGCUCCGGCCACGAGGUCAACUUCUUCCUGUGGCUGCUAUGCCUGAACCGACUCUCCCUCCUCCCGCCCGCGACUUUCCCCGCCAUCGGCCUCGUCGUCCUCCCCGCAUACCUCGCCCUCAUGCGCAAGAUACAAGCGGCAUACUACCUCGAGCCCGCGGGGUCCCACGGCGUCUGGGGCCUUGACGACUACCAGUUCAUCCCGUUCCUCUUCGGCGCCAGCCAGCUCGUGGACCACCCAUACAUCACGCCGAAGUCGAUCCACAACACGCUGACGCUGGAGGAGUGCAGCAAGGACUUCCUGUACCUGGACCAGGUUGCGUUCGUGAACUCGGUCAAGAACGUCGAGGGCCUGCGGUGGCACUCGCCGAUGCUGGACGACAUCAGCUCGGCGAAGAGCUGGGCGAAGAUCGAGGCGGGCAUGCGCAAGAUGUUCGUCAAGGAGAUCCUGCACAAGCUGCCCGUCAUGCAACACUUCCUCUUCGGCUCGCUGAUCCCCGCCGUCGAGGGCAUGAGCACCGAGGAGGAGUGCGGGCAGGCGGACGACGACGACGCGCUCGAGGGCGGCGAGGUCAAGGUGUUUACCGACGAGGCGGGAAAGAGACACGUGCAUGCGAGUACCGGGUGGGGUGACUGCUGUGGUAUCAGGGUGCCCGCGGCGAUUGGCGCGGAGGGCGAGGAGAGGAAGGCUGGGGGGAGGGCGUUGAGGAGAGUGCCUUUCGACUGA